AGCCAUUAAACCCUCCACCCCCCUUAUCUUCUUCUCCGUCUCUCCUCAAACCCUCACUCUCAAUUUCCCCCAAUUUCUAGGGUUUGAGUUGAUCCUUACUCAAUUGCUUUUCCUCCGCCAUUUUCAGUAUACUCCCACCAUAAAUGGCGUCUUCAGCUGCUCAAAUUCACGCCCUCGGUGCCACCGCCCACUUCACAUCCGGGAACCCCGCCAGGAACAAUCCCGCGAAGACCGUCUUCUUCGGGACUAAGCUGAACAACGCCGUUUCUUUCGGCCUGAAUCUGAAGAACAAGGUCAGAAGCAGCGGCGGCGGCAGCUCCCGACGCAGCACUCCGCUCCGUGUGGUUGCUGAGAAAGUUGUCGGAAUUGACCUUGGUACGACGAAUUCUGCUGUGGCGGCGAUGGAGGGAGGAAAGCCGACCAUCGUCACGAAUGCUGAGGGGCAGAGGACGACGCCGUCUGUGGUGGCUUACACUAAGAAUGGGGAUAGAUUGGUGGGGCAGAUUGCGAAGCGCCAGGCGGUGGUGAACCCUGAGAAUACGUUCUUUUCCGUGAAGAGGUUCAUUGGGAGGAAGAUGUCGGAAAUUGACAACGAGUCGAAGCAGGUUUCGUAUAAUGUUGUGAGGGAUGAGAAUGGGAAUGUCAAGCUUGAGUGUCCUGCCAUUGGGAAGCAAUUUGCAGCAGAGGAAAUCUCUGCUCAGGUUUUGAGGAAGCUUGUGGAUGAUGCGUCUAAGUUUUUGAAUGACAAGGUUACUAAAGCAGUCGUUACUGUGCCUGCGUACUUCAAUGAUUCUCAGAGAACUGCAACCAAGGAUGCUGGUCGUAUUGCUGGCCUAGAAGUUCUCCGUAUCAUAAACGAGCCAACAGCUGCAUCACUUGCUUAUGGUUUUGAAAGGAAAAGCAAUGAAACGAUUCUGGUUUUUGACCUUGGAGGUGGUACUUUUGAUGUUUCAGUUCUCGAGGUUGGUGAUGGCGUGUUUGAGGUGCUUUCUACAUCUGGAGAUACACAUCUUGGUGGUGAUGACUUUGAUAAGAGAAUUGUUGAUUGGCUUGCUGCAAGUUUCAAGAAAGAUGAGGGAAUAGAUCUAUUGAAGGACAAGCAAGCACUUCAGCGCCUGACCGAGACAGCUGAGAAAGCUAAAAUGGAGCUAUCAUCUCUGACACAGACUAAUCUAAGUUUGCCUUUCAUUACUGCUACUGCAGAUGGUCCCAAACAUAUUGAAACCACUCUUACACGAGCUAAGUUUGAGGAGUUGUGCUCAGAUUUACUUGACAGACUCAAAACUCCCGUUCAGAAUUCAUUGAGGGAUGCAAAGCUCUCGUUCAGUGAUCUAGACGAGGUAAUCCUUGUAGGUGGCUCAACCCGUAUUCCAUCUGUUCAAGAACUCGUUAAAAAAUUGACCGGAAAGGACCCAAAUGUCACUGUUAAUCCCGAUGAAGUUGUUGCCCUUGGAGCUGCAGUUCAGGCUGGUGUUUUGGCUGGAGAUGUUAGUGACAUUGUCCUUCUAGAUGUAACACCACUGUCUCUGGGGCUGGAAACUCUUGGUGGAGUAAUGACAAAGAUUAUUCUGAGAAAUACGACACUGCCCACCUCGAAAUCGGAGGUGUUCUCAACAGCUGCUGAUGGUCAGACAAGUGUUGAGAUCAAUGUGCUUCAAGGUGAGAGAGAGUUUGUCAGAGACAACAAGUCUUUAGGUAGCUUCCGACUUGAUGGGAUUCCACCGGCCCCACGUGGAGUUCCUCAAAUUGAAGUCAAAUUCGACAUUGAUGCCAAUGGCAUCCUUUCUGUCGCUGCCAUUGAUAAGGGAACUGGGAAGAAGCAAGAUAUCACCAUUACUGGUGCAAGUACAUUGCCUAGUGACGAGGUAGAAAAAAUGGUGAGCGAAGCUGAAAAAUUCGCAAAGGAAGACAAAGAGAAGAGAGACGCAAUAGAUACCAAAAACCAGGCUGAUUCAGUAGUUUACCAGACAGAGAAACAGUUGAAGGAGCUCGGAGAAAAAGUUCCAGUCCCCGUAAAAGAAAAAGUCGAGGCUAAGUUAGGAGAACUCAAGGAAGCAAUCUCAGGUGGGUCCACCCAAGCGAUUAAGGACGCUAUGGCUGCUCUUAAUCAGGAAGUAAUGCAGCUCGGCCAGUCAUUGUACAAUCAACCUGGUGGUGCCGCUCCCAGCGAGGGACCCACACCUGGUGGUGCCGCUGCCGGAGAAUCGUCGGGCAAGGGACCUGACGGUGAUGUUAUUGAUGCUGAUUUCACCGACAGCAAAUGAGGAGUGAGAAGCAUGGGGAAUUCGAUGCUUGAAAUUGGUUGGUAGCUAUAUUUUUUGAUGACAUAUAUUUCUUUCUUCACAUGUGCAUAAGGAAUGUUUUUUGUCCAGAUUGAUUGUUUUGAAGAAAGAAUUAUUUACGUCAUAAAAGGUAUUAGAAGUGUCAUAGGUGGUGGUGUGGUUGUUAUAAAGCAAAAAAGACUUAGAUUAUUGUUGGCUUCAAGAUUUUAUUAUUUGCAGCACUUGUUAUAGAAAAGCUACCUACACUUUUGAAAUGGUUGCUGGAAUUUGGGUUAUUGAGAUUCUACACACGGUGAAGGUGAAAUAAAUCGGUGAUUUUUAA